UAUUUGAUAUCUAAUCAUGUGCGAAAAACAUAAUUUGCGAUAUUUUUAUUAACUUUCUAUAUUCGGAGCAUUUUGAUCCGAUGUUUUUUUAAAUUAUAACAUCUUUGAUUUAUUGUCGAUAAACAUACGACAGACUUCCAUCCCGCCAGCUGGCAGCAGUUUCUAUAUACAUGCAUAGCACGGUUAAAAUACAUGUAUGUACAAUCUCCGGCACGUUUCACGAUCUAUCAGCUGAUGGCAGCGUCAUUAACUGAUUGAAUCUGCAUUUUGCAUCUGCAUUCCGCAGAAAGUCUAAUGAAGCAUCAUGUGGUGUCGUAACGUAUUGAGGACACGUAUCAUCGGCAAUAAGCCAGCUAUAUUAGCCUGUCUACAAUGUUUGACGAAUAACAAUCUCAAUAGUGUCACGUUGAAGCAUCCAGUGCGACGUUUAUUUGUUUCGGAUGCGCGUGAAUGUACGAUCGGCGAUGUUAUCGAUCAAUGGAGUCGCCGAUUUGAGAGCGAAGGUAUACCGGAGCCGGUGGAAUCGAUAGAGCAUAUAGUGGCGCACGUUAUAGGAACUAAGAAGAUAGUAGAUAUCUUGAAUGUCAGAAAUGAUCCUCUCACCGCGAGUCAGAUUGAAAAAUUGGAGUCGUUAUGCGAAUGUCGAUUGUCCAGUCCUUGCAGAAUGCCAGUUCAGUAUAUUAUCGGCGAAUGGGAUUUCCGAGACAUUACCGUGAAGCUUGUGCCACCGAUUUUUAUUCCUCGCCCAGAAACCGAAAUACUGGUGGAUUUUGUGCUGAAAAGACUGAGUUCGUCGCAGGCCGACAGUUGCGAGAUCCUAGAAAUCGGUUGCGGCUCGGGCGCGAUAUCACUGGCUCUCGCUCAUGCUUGUAAAAGAAUAAAGUGCACAGCGAUCGACGCGAAUCCGCACGCUUGCGAUUUGACGAUAAUAAAUCGGAGCAACCUGGACUUAACGAAGCAAGUUACAGUAAUACAUGCGACCCUAAAGUCGGAUGCGAGUAUCGAAGUUUCGAGUAGCUUGAAUGGUGCCGAUAAUGUGGAUUUAAAUUCAAAACUAUUCGAUUUUGUGAUCAGUAAUCCGCCAUACGUGCCAACAAAGCAGAUCCCGGAACUGCAGCCUGAGAUAAGGAUUUAUGAGGAUCUCAGGGCACUGGACGGCGGCGACGAUGGAUUGAAAGUGAUCAAGCCGCUCUUAAAAUAUGCUGCCAAAGCAUUAAAACCUGGCGGACGUCUCUUCGUGGAGGUUGAUCCUACUCAUCCGGAAUAUAUACAAUUUUUUACAAAUAAAUAUCCCGAUUUAAAGCUCUAUCAUGAACAUACGUACAAAGAUUUUUGUAAUAACGAUCGAUUCGUGGAAGUAGUGAAAGUUAUUUAAAAAAGCAAUUCUUGACUCUACAUUCGUUAUAUUACUAUGUAUAUAUGUUUUAUAUGAUUAUUUUGUAAAAAUGUCUUAAUAAAACCGACACACACAUAUUAGUAGGUUAUA